AUGGCACUUGUGAUUCUAUUCGGAUUUAUUUUCCUUGUUCCUACUACUAUUUGUCAAAUUAUCCCACUUCAGUUUGACUUUGCAAUUGAUCAACUACGUUCUCAGCGUCAUUAUACACCUCUUGAUAUAGAUAAUUAUGUGGAUUAUAAUUUCUCACCCGAUGACUUCCUGGGGAAGUUGUCCUCUAUAUUGUCUAAUAAUAAAUCCACCCCAUGCGAACGAGAUUUUAAAAUGAUUCUUGAAGGAAUUACAAAACGAGAAACAUGGGCUAUCAAAACAAUUGAUGCAUGGGGUAAACCAUUACCAUCAGGUGUUUUGUCUGGAAAUGUCUAUUGGGUUGGUAAUUAUGAUGAAUGUUUACAAGAUGCUUAUCUACCAACAAACAAAUCGUUUGUAUCGCAACCAUUUCAAACACAAUAUUGCACACUUUUACCCAGCCCAUCAAAACCAAAUGCAACAAUACCACUUGGUAUCACUCUUGGUCUUUGCCUUCCAUCAUCAUGUGAUCGAGAAUCAACCAUCGAUUUAUUGGAGAUGAUUUUCAAAAAGAAUAAUUUUACAAAAAAUAAUCUCGUCUGUUCAAGUGACCCUGCAUAUGGACAAGAGAGUUUUGCACCGGGUGCAAUUGCAACCUGUAUUGUUCUUUCAUUAUUAGUAUUUGUCGUUUUACUGGGAACAAUUGUUGAUCUAAUUCUCAGCUCACACCGACAGGAAUCAGCUGAUGAUCUCUCGUCGAAUAUUAAUGGUUACAAUCAUUUUUGGGAUACAGAUACCACUCAGUUUGAUUUUCGGAAUUUUCUGCAAUCAAAACAUUACGUCGAAUAUUCACAAUGA